AUGGCGCCUGUUCUGGGAAACCUGUUGGUGCUGGCUGUGCUUACAACUGUGCAGCAGCUAGCGGCUGAGCCAGAUGCAGUGAGUGAUCCUCUUCUCAGCGACUCAGAAUGCGAACAGGAACAUUGCGCGCUCAAUGCCCUUCAGUUGCAGGGAGCAGCGGUGGAGCGCACUGAAGAGUCGGGCGGAGCAAACGCCUCCGCAGAGUUCAACUUGUACGGCUAUCAUCACUGGUCUACCACAACAAUGUAUGGAGAUGCGCCCCAUGCAGCCUGUGGAGGAAUCAAUACGGCGGAGCUCAUCAGGGGCACGCAUUACUACAACGUUGCAUCGGCACAGGCUAUGUGGCGUGACUGCGGUGGCACAGGGAGUUGCUGGUGCGGCCAAAGCGGUGGAGGUGGCGGUACGGUCGGAAUGGGUUGCUUCACCUGCGCCAAAGGCCGCUUCCUGCACUCAGCCUAUGGAACACGAGGCAGAGCUUUGUGGGCAUUGAAUCAGGAGACCAGCGAGAGCACCAGCGCCAGCACAUCCAACACGACCUCCCCUUUUGCCUCUGAGGAAAUUACCCUCAUCGUUGGCGACCUCUGCCCACAUGCGGGCAACGAAGAUUGGUGCCCAAAAGCCGCGGGAAGGCGGAACACGUAUGGAUCGUUUCACCACCUCGACUUUUCCCACUAUCCGCCAAGCAUUGACACCCGCCACUCAGUGCCCAAUCUCAAUUUUGUGUUCAACAUCAUCGAAUGCCCACAUGAUCUUUGGGAGCGUCAGCGCCGUCAGUCCAGAUGCAGGUAA